AUGAAGGUUAUCGCUGCUUUUCUCCUCGCGAAGCUCGGCGGAAACGAGAACCCAGCCAAAGCUGAUUUGAAGAACAUCUUCGAGUCCGUUGGUGCUGAAUUCGACGAGGAGAAGACAGAUCUGCUGUUUUCUCUGGUGAAGGAUCACGAUGUCACCGAGCUGAUCGCUGCUGGGAGGGAGAAGAUGGCGGCACUCUCAUCUGGUGGUCCAGCUGUAGCCAUGGUGGCCGGAUCUGGAGGCGACGCUCCUUCCGCGGCUGCACCAGCUGCUGAGACGAAGAAGGUCGAGGAAGAGAAGGAAGAAUCCGACGAUGGUGAAGGCAUGAUGAGUCUCUUCGAUUGA